GAACAUGCAAAUUGUAAACAUCGUUAAAAUUCAUUAUUCCAUUAUUUUGACUAUGGCUUAUGUACUGCAGCUGCAUGCUUACAACUGUUUCCUUAUGUAUAAAGCUGAAGAUAUUUGACUUCCCUAACGGAACAAACGUGUAGUCAAAGACAGAAAACCGAUAAUGAUAUUAAAAUUCAUUUGUUUUGUUAAUCUAUUAUCUGUGGUUGUCGCCACAAACACCGCUAGGCAACUAAAGUGGCAAAAUUGCGAUGACACUGCUCCAGUAUUGAUAAAAAACCUGACAAUUUUACCAUAUCCAAUUUCGUUGGAAGAAGGUGUAAAACUGCGUGUCAGUGGCGUUGUCAACCUGAAAUACACCGUGUCACUUAAGAUUGAACGAAAAUUUCUUGCUUGGUGGCCCACAUUACCUUGCAUAAAAUCUGUUGGAUCAUGCGAAUACCAUAUUGGAGAGAAAAAAAUUCCAACCCAAACUAUUGACGUCCCAGAUAUCACCGUUCCUGCUUUCAUAACAGACGGAACAUACAGAGUGAAUGCUGAUGUUAAAGAAGACGGAACGGGAAAUCGUCUGUUUUGCAUCAAUCUUGAAUUUGAGCUUGAUAGUUGAACAAACAAUUUUAAAAGUAUAAAAAAUAUUCGGGUAAAAUAAUUAAUUAAGGAAAUC